UUGAGUUUGGGGCUUUCGCAAUGGAGCCCAAUCUAUGGUCCACAGGGCGCCCAAAUGCAGCUGGGAAAUUAUAGAAAGAAAAAAGAAGAAGCCUGUUCUGUUCGUCUUUCGUCUCAUUUCCGGCGAUUUCUUCUCAUCGCGACUGAAUUUCCCGACAACCAAACAGCUUUGAGAAGUGUAGCUGAUUGACUUACAAUGUUCAAAAAUACGUUUCAGUCCGGAUUCCUCUCUAUAUUAUAUAGCCUCGGGAGCAAACCCCUUCAGAUAUGGGACAAAGAAGCAGUUUCUAAUGGCCACAUCAAACGGCCCCAGGAUGAAGACAUCCAAUCAAAUGUUCUUGAAAUUGUUGGAUCAAAAAUACAGUCUACCUACAUAACAUGCCCUGCGGACCCAGCUGCUACACUGGGUAUAAAAUUGCCAUUCUUGGUUAUAAUCGUGAAGAAUCUCAAGAAAUAUUUUACUUUUGAGAUUCAAGUUCUGGAUGAUAAGAAUGUCAGGAGACGCUUCCGGGCUUCUAAUUUUCAAGCUAUCACUAGAGUUAAGCCAUAUAUCUGCACCAUGCCGCUAAGGAUGGAUGAAGGUUGGAACCAUAUCCAGCUAAAUCUGGCUGACUUUACCAGGAGGGCAUAUGGUACGAACUAUGUCGAGACAUUGCGAGUUCAGGUACAUGCAAACUGCCGCUUGAGGAGGAUAUAUUUUGCGGACCGCUUGUAUUCAGAGGAGGAGCUUCCACCAGAGUUUAAGUUGUACCUCCCUACUCAGAGAGCAUGAUAAGGUUUCUAGCAUAGCAAAGCUUACAUGCUGUUACUUCUGGAGGAGCUAAGAGUUGUAACACUACUCUCUUUACUAGAAGGCUGUCCCCACUCCAACCAAGAAGCAGAAAUGACAUCAAGUUCUUCAAGUGUUAUGUUCUAUGUUAAAUCCUUUAUGACUGAAGUUGUGGACAUAUUGUACUAUGUGAUUGCCCAAUCUGUUUGGUAAGGUAAUGAAAGCUUGAACGGGAUAAUUAGUAAUUGUAUUCAUGAGCUUGUUCCUGUUUUUUUUUUUUUUGGCUGGGAAAUGGGAUUUAGCUAGAAUUGAAUGGCUGUUGGAUGAUUUGGAAUCGUUUAACAUGUUUUCUUGACUUGUGGUGGUUUGAAUGAUUUCGUAGUAAGAACUCGGUUCGAUGGAUAA